AUGAUAGAAGGAAAUAUAAAUGCAAAAUCUACUCAUGAGAAUACAGCAAAUAAUAAAAUAGAAAAAAAUUUUAUAAAAGAAAAGGAUAUAAUUCAAAAUGAUACAAUAAAAAUUUUGAUAGAACAUAAUAAUUCAUUCAAUGAUGAAAGCACAAAUUAUAUAACAACUUUUAAUGAUAUUAAAGACAAACAUUACAACCAUAAUGAUUCUUAUUCUGAUAAUAAAGGAAAAAUUAAAACAAUGCGUUCCAAUUUCUCAGACAUUCCAGAUGAAGUUAUCAUAACAAAUAUUGGCCAUUAUUUUGAAGAACAAGAAAACAUAAAAAAAUCAAUUGAAAUAAAAAAUUGCCCAUAUAAAAAGAAAAUGCUCAAAAUAUUUUUAACACGUUUGUUUUAUGCUACCAUAAUAGGAAUAAUAGGUAUAUGUAUACAAUGUUAUUUUAUCAUAUUAAGUGACACAUAUUAUAAAACAGGUGAUGAACCUUUAAAAGAUAGGAUGCAUGAAAUAUUUAAAGAAAUUCCUGCAUUUAUGAAUACUCCUUUUGUAAAUGGUAGUAUUAUGUUUUUUCUAUUUAUAACAUUAUUAAGAUUCGGAUUAUUCUGUCCACUUUUAUUAUCAAUAACAAUUUUAAUACGCAUUAUACUUAUGUUAUCAUUUAUAUAUUGCAUAAGAUCAUUUUUUAUUUAUGUAACGACACUUCCAUGUCCUAUUCCUACAUGUCAACCAUUAAAACAUAAAACGUUUGUUGAAAAUUUGUAUACAUUUUAUCUUAUUAUAACUGCACAAGUUUAUGAAUGUACCGAUUUAGUUAUAUCAGGACAUACAGCAUUUACAACAUUAUUAACAUUUUUUUGGUUCUUUUAUGAAAGAAAUAUAUAUGUGAAAACUACCAUUUUCUUUUAUAGUAUCUAUAUAUACAUUAUAAUAAUAAUAUCAAGAUUUCAUUAUACUGUUGAUGUAUUAAUGGGAUAUGUUUUUGGAGGUUCUGUAUUUUUAUUUUAUCACUACCUGAUAGAUGUAGCAGCAAGAAGAUACGCUUUAAAUACAUCUGUUUACCCUCAAACGUAUGGAUUUUCUGGAUCAUUCACAGACCGAUUUAGAGUGUUUCAAUAUUUUAUAAGAGCAUUAACAUAUUUAGAAGCUUUAGAUCAUCGAAUGAAUUUUGCAUUGUCAUAUGACAAAGAGUGGAAUUGUUUUUGUACCUGUGUACCAGUAAAUAAAAGCAGUCUUCUUAUUAAAAAAAAAAAUGUACGUAAUGAAGAAUAUUACGAUUUCAGCGAACAUUUUUAUCAUUCAUACGCUGGAAAUGGUACCUAUAAUUUAUCAACAAUACGAAAUAUAAUAAAGGAAUUUAAACGUUUUUUUGGAAUGAAUAAAAAAAACUAA